GGCGACGGAGCGGAACCGGAAUGACGGAGGAGCGAUGGCGAAGCGCAGAAUGAAUUAUGUGAGAAUUAGUCGGUGUCGCUGCUCUGGCCGUUUACUCUGAGCUUUUAGAGCAUUUUUAAACCUUUUUAUCUUCUUCUUGUUCAUUUGUUCCCGUUCAGGGGAGGAUGAGUGCUGAAGCAGCCGACCGGGUGGCUGCUGUGACCAGCAGUCGGCCCAGUACGCCUCUGCAGACGUCCUGGUUUGAGUUCCUCCUGGACGGCAGCCUGCUGGAGAAGCACCUGCAGAAAUCAAACCCAGACCCGACUCCGGUGCAGCUGAUCGUCCAGUUCCUGGAGCAGGCGUCCAAACCGUCGGUGAACGAGCAGAAUCAGGUUCAGCCUCCAGCAGACAACCGCAGGAACCGAACCCUGAAGCUGCUGGCGCUGAAGGUCGCUGCACACAUGAAGUGGGACCUGGAUUCACUGGAGAAAGGACUGACCAUCCCAGUGUUGAACAUGCUGCUGAAUGAGCUGCUGUGUGUCAGCAAAGUGCCUCCAGGUGUGAAACAUGUGGAUCUGGAUCUGUCCACUCUGCCUCCAACCACCGCCAUGGCAGUGAUCAUCUACAACCGCUGGGCCAUCAGAACCAUCGUGCUGAGCAGCUUUCCAGAGAAACAAACCAAACCAGGACCUCAUCAGAUGAACAUGUUAAAUAUCGUGCAGCAGGAGAAAGAAAUGACAGAAAACAUCCUGACUGUGCUGAAAGAGCAGGCGGCCGACUCCAUCACCGUCCUGGAAGGCGCUCUUCAGCUGAAGAAGGAUUUCUACGUUCACACUCUGAGGACUCUGGACCUGCUGGCUGCCGACGCUGCCGCUAACGGAGAAACCGAGUCCUCGACUGCCGGACUUCGUAUCAGCGCUGAUGACUUACACUGUCAGGUGCAUUAUGAUCUGGGAGGUAUUUUCUUCCAGCAAGGCUGCACCGACCAGCCAACCUAUGAGAAAGCCAGAGAUCACUUCAGACAGACGAAGGAGCUGCUAAAGAAGCUGGACUCAACCGUCCACGUCCACCUGGAUGAGAAGCGUCUGGCUGGUUACUGGAACGCCUGCAGAGCUUUGACUGGAGACUGUGACCCCUGCGACCCCCAGACGACCCCCUACGACCAGAUCAACAGCCUGAUCCGAGCCCAAAACUACCAGGCCGUCAUCGAAGCCUUCAUCAAAGACAACGUGUCCCGCAGUUUACCAAACGACUUCAGACGCUCGGUUCUCAGAGAGUUCUUGUACAAAGUCCAGCAGGGGGAAUCCGGUCUGGAUGAAGUUUGUCAUAAACUUUGUGUCUGUAACGCCGUCCGAGACGCUCUGGAGGGAGAAAUCCUCAGCAUUCGUUUCCAGCAGCUGCUCCUCAAACCCAGUAAACGGAUGGUGGAUUUCAUCUUAGAGGUUUGCACUCGUUCCCUGGAGAAGGAUCGACCGUCCGAGACGUCCAGGAGGAACAUGGCCGGUUUCAUGAAGACUCUGUGUGAAAGUCUGGAGGAUUUGUCUCUGGUGUUCGUGGUUUCGUCUCAUAAGCUGUUCAUGGAGCUGCUGAAGGAGGAGGAGAGGAAGGUUCUGGUGGAGCAGAUGAGGAAAAGAUCAGCCACCAUCAACCUGAGCGCCAAACCGCUGCCUUCCUUCUACGACAUUCCAGCUUCAGCGAGCGUGAACAUCGGACAGCUGGAGCAGCAGCUGAUUCUGUCACUGGAGCCUCGAAGGAUCAGACAGAUCCUCAUCGAACUGCAUGGGAUGACAGAACGGCCCUUCUGGAGGGUCAACAGCAAGUGGGAGGUUCCUCCAGACUACAUCAACGUGAUCCUCGGCAUCAAAGACAACUUGACCAAGGACCUGGUUUACAUCCUCAUGGCCAAAGGACUCCACUGCAUAUCAAUAAAGGACUUCGUCCACGCUCGGCUGCUGUUCUCGGCCUGCCUGGAGCUGGUCACUGAGUUUUCCCCGAAGCUGAGGCAGGUGAUGCUGAACGAGAUGCUGCUGCUGGAGGUCCGAGCUCACGAGACGAUGGCGGCCGAAGGCAGCAAGGAGAGACCCCCGCCAGACCUGGUCAGCAGAGUCAGAGGUUAUCUGGAGAUGAGGAUCCACGAUCUUCCUUUACGUCAGGUGGUUGGAGAAGAAUGUGUCGCCUUCAUGUUGAACUGGAGGGAGAACGAUUAUCUGACUCUGCAGGUUCCUCCGUCUCUGGUCAUGAACAACCCAUACAUCAAGCUCGGUCAGCUGCUGGCUUCAACAUGCAAAGAGCUUCCUGGUCCUAAGGAGAGUCGUCGAACAGCCAAGGAGCUCUGGGACGUUGUGGUUCAGAUCUGCAGCGUUUCCAUCCAACACAAGAGGAACAGCGACGGCCGAGUGGGUUUAAUCAAGCAGAGGGAGUCGUCCAUGGGCAUCCUGCAGCGGAGCAAAUUCAUCACAUUUGUCAAGAAACUCAGAGAGCCGCUGGUGCUGACGACACUCAUCUCCCUGUUUGUGAGGCUCCACAGCAUCGUGAGGGAUGACAUUGUGAAUGAAGUGACGGCUGAACAUCUCUCCAUCUGGCCGUCUACUCUCCCCAACAUCCAGGCGGUGGACGUGGAGGCCGUGGCCGUGACGGUCAAAGAGCUGGUGUCUUACGCCUUAACUCUGAACCCAAACAACCAGUCGUGGCUCAUCACACAGGCUGACAUCUACUUUGUGACUAACCAGUACUCUGCAGCUCUGAACCUUUACCUCCAGGCUGGAGCUGUUUGUUCAGACUUCUUCACCAAAGCUGUUCCUCCUGACGUCUACACCGACCAGGUUCUCAAGAGGAUGAUCAAGUGCUGCUCCAUGAUGAACUGUCACACCCAGGUGGCCGUUCUGUGUCAGUUUCUGAGAGAAGUCGACUACAUGACGGCGUUUAAAGCUCUUCAGGAGCAGAAUAGUCACGACGCCAUGGACUCUUUCUACGACUACAUCUGGGACGUCACCAUCCUGGAAUACCUGACUCAUAUCCACCACAAACGGGGAGAAACUGAGAAGAGACAAAUAGCGAUAAAAGCUAUCGGACAGACGGAGCUGAACACCAGCAACCCGGAGGAGGUUCUGCAGCUCGCAGCCCACAAGAGGAAGAAGAGAUUCCUGCAGGCGAUGGCCAAACUCUACUUCUAGUAAAAAAUAAAAACACAAAGCAGCGUUUUGUUGAGGUGGGAAUUUAAAUUUUUUUUAUUUUGUGGUAGAAAAUAAACCUCUAAAUAAAUACAGCUGUUCAUUUGUUCA